AGGAGCCAGUAGGCCGCACGUCACGGGGUCCAAACCUUGUUGUGGCAGCCCGGCAGCGUCUCCCUCCCUCCCCCGCCAACUGCAGGUUUCCUUCUGGUAUCCAGGUCCCCUCCUCUGUGUCAUCUCCCGGCAUUCUGGUCCCCUAGUCUUCAUGGAGCAGCUGUUGCGCGCCGAGCUGCGCACCAAGACACUGCGGGCCUUUGGGAGCUCCGGGGCUGGCUGCAUCAGCGAAGGCCGUGCCUAUGACACUGACACUGGCCCGGUGUUUGUCAAGGUCAACCGCAGGACGCAGGCCCGGCAGAUGUUUGAGGGAGAGAUGGCAAGCCUGGAGGCCCUCGGCAGCACUGGCUUGGUGCGGGUACCUAAACCCAUGAAGGUGAUUGACCUGCCAGGGGGCGGGGCUGCCUUUGUGAUGGAGUAUUUGAAGAUGAAAAGCCUGAGCAGUCAGGCAUCAAAGCUUGGGGACCAGAUGGCAGAUUUGCACCUUUACAAUCAGAAGCUCAGGGAGAAGUCCAAGGCCAGGGAGAACACAGUGGGCUGUGGGGCUGAGGGUGCUGAGCCCCAGGGUGUGACCAAGUUCGGCUUCAACACAGUGACAUGCUGUGGCUUCAUCCCGCAGGUGAAUGAAUGGCAGGAUGACUGGCCAACCUUUUUCACUCAACACCGGCUCCAAGCACAGCUGAACCUCAUUGAAAAGGACUAUGCUGAUCGGGAGACACAAGAACUAUGGUCAAGACUACAGGUGAAGAUCCCGGAUCUGUUUUCUGGUAUAGAGAUUGUCCCUGCUCUGCUCCAUGGGGACCUCUGGUCUGGAAAUGUGGCUGAGGAUGACCAGGGACCCAUUAUUUAUGAUCCAGCUUCCUUCUAUGGCCAUUCUGAAUUUGAACUGGCAAUUGCACUGAUGUUUGGGGGGUUCCCCAGAUCCUUCUUCACUGCCUACCACCGGAAGAUCCCGAAGGCUCCUGGGUUUGACAAGCGCCUAAUGCUGUACCAGCUCUUUAACUACCUAAACCAUUGGAACCACUUUGGAAGGGAGUAUAGAAGCCCAUCCCUGGGAAUGAUGAGGAAGCUGCUCAGGUAGCAGAGGGCUGGGAUCUAACAAAAGGUCACAAUGGGCCCCUAACUGGACUGAUUUUGGGUUGUCCUCCAACAAGUUCAUCAAGAGGCUGUGAGGCUGUGGCACUGCUAGCUCAGGCUGAUACUAACACCGCAGCAUCACUGUUCAUGGCAAGUUCCCACCUCAGCAGCUGCAGCCUCAAGUACCACAGCUGGGAAGGGGAAGAAGGACCACCCUCCCAGGGUGUUAGUAUUCAGGCAUGUGUACUGGCCUGUCCUUGGGGUUCUGACAGGAUAUGCCCUCAGGUGCAGCCACUAAGAGCACCACCUGUGCACAUUCACUAUAAGUUCCUUUUGAAAGAGUCCCGCCCAUCUCCCAACCUCUUUCCCUGCCUCCCUCCCUUUUUCCCUCCCUCCUUCUUUCCAUCCCUCCCUCCCUCCCUCCCCACCACUCUGUCCUCCUCUCUGCCCCCUUUCUUGCCUCUU